CUCUUCUCCAUAUUAAAUAUAUAUAAACAACUUUGUCCUCCUUCUCAUUUUCUCUUCUCCAAAUCUUUCCAAAACCUAAUCUCUCCAAUUUCUCUAAAAAUUUUCUUCCAAUUCCCAAUUCGCCGCCGACCUCCAAAACGCCAUCCUCCAACGGCGAGAGCAAUGAAAGCGACGGCGUUUUCCUCUCCGACUUCGGCAUGUCCUGUUCGAGAAUUGGGAAAAAUUAGGUCGGCGGCGUUUCUGUCAAGUCGCACGGCUCGUCGUUUUCGUGCUGCAGAAAAACCCCCGCGGCUUCGCCAAGUUAUUCGUCGUCAUCGGCUCCGAGACCGAUUUCUGACGGCCGAUGGUGAACGCGUGCAAGACGUUAAUCUUAAACAGAAUAAGAUUUUUUACGAUCUCUCCCAAACCACCUAUUCCCUUUUACCGUGGCUGCGCCACUCCACCGGCAAGGCUCCGUUUCCUUGGCGCCGACUGGCACUAGGGCCGCAACAUCAAUUCUAUUUGAGGUUCCAUGUCGGUCGCUGGUGGCGUUUCUUCCAAAAUCUAUGUGGCCAUGGCGGUCGCUGGGAUUUCAGACGGCGUGAAGGCCGGGCGUGA